GCUAAGAUCAAGUGUAGUAUCUGUUCUUAUCAGUUUAAUAUCUGAUACGUGGGUCAAUGGCCCACACGAUAUUAAAUUAAUUUCUUUAAGGGGAGGGUCCACUAUAAUAGCUUGCUAUUGGGGCUCUCACGUGUCGCCCAAGCGUUGCACUGCAGCGUGGGCCUGGCGCACCCCAACAAAUCUAGUUGAAUAUUUUUGCAGACAUAUUUUAUUUUGAUUUUCUGUUCCUGUGGUGGCCCAAAAUCAUGGCCUUUUUUAUUUUGUCCUCGUAGACAUGUCGGGGGGGUCUCCUCAUGGACCAUGGAAGAUCCUGGCAAAACAUACACUUUGAAGAGAAGAAUCGGAUGAAUAUAUACAAACACCGCAUUAUUUUAGACGCUGGGGAAUUGAGGGAGAAACAUCCAAAUUGUAUACCAGUGACUCUGGAAAAGGAUCCAAGGAGUGACAUUCCUGACACAGACAUGAAGAAAUUCCUAGUGUAUGGUGAUAUGCCUCUUCGAGAUUUUGUUUCUUUUAUUCGGAUGCGUAUCAGAGUCAGCAGGAAAAAACGUAUAUUUGUCUAUUGCAGGAACACUGAACCUCCAUUUGAUGCCUUGAUGUCUACAAUCGAUGAGGAAAAUAAGGAUGAAGAUGGAUUUCUUCACAUCACCUUCAGUGGUGAAGGGAGAGUCUCUGGAUCCAAUGAAGAGCAAUAAUGCUCUGUGUUAAUGAUCUGACCUGCUUAGUCAUUAUAAUUUAGGCUUUGGCUCAAAUGUGACGGGUUGCCAGACUUUUCAUGCUCAGUCUAGUGGGCUACUCCCCCCUCCCUCGAUCAUGCAAUGGCUGUGCAAACCAUCUGCUUCACCUGCCUAUAAAUAGAAGACCAAAAGAAGGGAGAAGGAGACUGACUCUUUCUUGUCACUUAGAAUAGCUCUAUUCUUGUAUAAUUGGCAAACCAGUUGUAACAAGGAUUCAAA